AUGCCUGCGCUGAGUUUCCGGUACAGCACAGGAUGGUUCUUUGGGUUCAUGGUCGCGCUCAAUGCAGACUGUCAGCAGGAAACCUUUCCCUGCGAUCGUGGGCACCGCUGCGUGGAUGCAAGCCGCAUCUGUGAUGGCCUUGUGGACUGCGUGGAUGCAUCCGACGAAGCGAACUGUGGGACUGCAGGUCAAGCACCUGGCGACCACGAAAGCGAAAGUCAUCCUGGUGACGUCAUGUCGGUUGCCGCUCUGGAGCAGGCAGAGCUUGCAAGGACGGUCGCACGCGCACAUCGCCGCGAGCAAGAUGGCAGGAAGAGGGCCGAGCAGGAGAAGAAACUCAAGGAGUCCCUUUUGCAGGAAGCGCAGAAGGCACUUCGAAGCUCAGACGAGGAGAAGUCGAGAUGUCAAAACGCGGAGCAGGGGACGGAGUGCUUCAGUCACGUGCUCUAUGCAAUGAGCCACGGCAUCUUCGAACAUCCACACUGGUAUCCCGGCCUUUCCUCAGAUUCAGACUUCUCCGACUUUCAGGCGCUGCUGCAUUUGUUGCCGCAAAAUGGCUGCCCGCGGCCUUGCAGGGGUGCGACCUGUCUGCAAUUGCGCUUGCAGCCGCUCUGCCUGCUGCGUGUGGACUGGCUUCAGCAGGUGGAGCUGAUCCAACAUCCGUCCUGGUACCCGGAGCUCACAGCGGAAUCCAGCAAGCGGCAGCUUGCCAAGAGUUUAUGGCAGCGGGGUGAUCCGAACUGCUAUCGGCCUUGUCAUUUGGGGGAGGAGAACGACCCUCACUUGCUAGAGCUCGUUCGUACGCCCAGGCAGAAGGAGGGGACACAUCUGCGUCCUGCCAGCAAGCCGCACCCCGGAGCUACAGUGCCGCAGGCAGCCGCUCCGGUGUCAACCGAGCGAUGCGACGAACAUGGUGUCACCUACUUGCCCUUGGACAUGCCUGGGGUGGUGCCACAGUUCGCCGAGACGGCUCGGAGGUGCCAGGAGCUUUGCUCCUACCAGCCAGGUGCCGCCUACUACAGCUUCGACAGGCCGACGAGCACUUGCCACUGUCAAGCGGCGGAGGUCGGUAUGCGGCAUCAAGGAAGCUGGGGCUUCGUCAGCGGUAGCGUCGGAUGCAACGGCGUGACACUUCACCCAGACACUCAGCUGAUCGUCCACAACUUGGACAUCGGUUGUUACCAGGCCGGAGUCUUCUUCAGUGGGACGGCAAGCAGCGAGUCGUAUGAGGUCGAGGGGUAG